UGGAACGUUUAUGACGUUAACGUUUUCAGUAAACAAUUUGCACAACACAUGAACAUGGAACCAGAAUACAGAAUAGAACCUGAAAACUGUGAAAAUGCUUUCAAAGUUCCAAAUAUCUUUCCCUGUAGAGGUGGAUGUUGUGGACAGAAACCGGAAGAAUAUUGUUGUAAUGAAAGUUUACAGCUAAAUUUGGCAAUUUUUUCAAUGUGUUCAACGAUUGUGUUUCUUUUGUUCGCUGUCUGGGCUUGGAAAAGAUGUAUAUUGAUUUGGUGUGGGGAUAAAAAAGGUUUCACUUCACAGAAUGCCGAUUUGGUUUCAAGAAGAGAAUGUGGAACUGCAAUACCAUGCACUCACAUUGGUUGUUCUGGUAUAGUACCAUCUCCAGGUGUGCAUUUUACCCGCAAUAAGAGGACAACAAAUGGGGCAUCCAACACAAUGAAUAAGAAACUGUAUAACCAGACCAAAAACUUUACAGAAUGUCCACCAAGCUAUGAAGAGGCAGUACGAUUUCAAUCAAACCAAAUUUCUCAAUAAACAUCUAACAUAUA